UGCCUAACUUGCCGCCAAAUUUCUCUCUCUCUCAAUUCCAAUCUCUGCAAUGCUUCCUCUCCACCAGCUUCAUGCUCCCACGGCCAUUUCUUACACUCUCUCUAAAACCCUAAACCCCAUUUUCACUAUCCCCAUCACUCAUCCUCUCUUCCCUUCGACACUUCCUGUCCUUUCUCGGUCAAACUCCUCACUUUCUCACUGCGAUUCCUGGUUUAUCUCUCGCCGGAAUUUUUCCCCCUCCACGCCGCCGUGUUGUGCCAGUGAAUUCUCUGGCAGUAGCAGUACCGAUUCUGAACAGGAUGAAGAGGGGCGUGAGGAAUUUGAGGACAGAGACGAAGAAGAUUAUUCUGACACGAACAAUUAUGAUGUUGACGUCACCAUGCUUGAGGAAGAAGCCAAGGACGCAGUGCGAGAGUACUCUAACUAUCUGUCUCGCGUUUUGACUAUUGAAGAUGAGAAGGACGACCCCAAAGAAACAGCUCGGAAGAGGAUUAAAAGCAGAACAAGCAACGUCCCUGACAAUCUUCUCCCAAGGGUUGCAAUUGUUGGGAGGCCAAAUGUUGGCAAAUCAGCAUUGUUUAAUCGUCUUGUUGGGGGAAACAAGGCCAUUGUGGUGGAUGAACCUGGGGUUACUAGGGAUCGCUUAUAUGGUAGAUCAUUUUGGGGAGACCAUGAAUUCAUGGUAGUGGACACAGGUGGAGUUCUCACUGUUUCAAAAUCACAAGCUGGUGUUAUGGAAGAGCUGGCUAUUUCUACUACAGUUGGCAUGGAUGGUAUUCCACUUGCUUCCAGAGAGGCAGCCGUUGCCAGGAUGCCCUCAAUGAUUGAGAGACAGGCAGCUGCAGCUGUGGAAGAAUCAUCCGUUAUUAUUUUCCUGGUUGAUGGCCAGGCAGGCCUAAUGGCAGCCGAUGUGGAGAUUUCUGAUUGGUUACGUAAGAACUACUCCCAUAAAAGUGUCAUUCUUGCAGUUAACAAGUGCGAGUCUCCACGGAAAGGAAUUAUUCAGGCAUCUGAGUUUUGGUCCCUCGGGUUUGAACCAAUUCCUGUGUCAGCUAUAUCAGGGACAGGAACUGGAGUGCUUCUUGACCUUGUAUGUUCGGGGCUAGAGAAAAUUGAGGAAUCAGAAAAUCUUGAUGAAGAAGAUUAUGUUCCCGCAAUAUCAAUUGUGGGUAGACCUAAUGUUGGCAAAAGUAGUAUUUUGAAUGCAUUAAUGGGUGAGGACAGAACAAUAGUCAGUCCCGUCAGUGGCACCACACGUGAUGCUAUAGAUACUGAAUUUACUGGAGCAGAUGGCCAGAAGUUUUGCCUUAUUGAUACGGCUGGAAUCAGGAAAAGGGCAGCGGUAGCCUCAGCAGGCAGUGUGACAGAGGCUCUGUCAGUGAAUCGAGCAUUUCGUGCUAUUCACCGUUCUGAUGUUGUUGCUCUUGUCAUUGAGGCUAUGGCUUGUAUCACAGAACAGGACUGCAAGAUAGCUGAGAGGAUAGAAAGAGAAGGGAAAGGUUGUGUGAUAGUUGUGAACAAGUGGGAUACGAUACCAAAUAAAAACCAGCAAACUGCAACAUACUAUGAAGAAGAUGUCAGAGAGAAGCUCCGUUUACUUAACUGGGCUCCCAUCGUCUAUUCCACUGCAAUAGCUGGUCAAAGUGUUGACAAGAUUAUUGUAGCUGCUAGUGCAGUUGAAAAGGAGAGAUCGAGACGACUUGGUACUUCUAUUCUGAAUCAAGUAGUGCGGGAAGCAGUGGCUUUUAAACCACCUCCCAGGACACGAGGGGGAAAAAGGGGGAGAAUUUACUAUUGCACUCAGGCUGCGAUAAGGCCACCUGCAUUUGUUUUCUUUGUGAAUGAUGCAAAACUUUUUCCCGAGACUUACCGCCGAUAUAUGGAGAAGCAACUGCGUACAGAUGCUGGUUUUUCAGGUACACCUAUUCGGCUUCUGUGGCGUAGCAGAAGGAAAGCGGGAAAAGAUGAAGGUAAAAAUGAAACAAGAGUACAAGCAAACCUUUCAUCACGCGAUCGAAAAUUGAUAUCAUCUACACUGUAGGACCAGUCAUGGCAGAAAUGGCUUGGCUUUCUGUCUGUAUUGAAAGAGAAUGGGUCCAUUUUGAGGGGUCACUGAAUAGUGAAUACUCGGUACAGCUAAGCGGCUUGCUUAGUGAAAGCUCGACAAGGACUUGAUUAGUGCCCCAAUUUUGGAUAAGAAUUUGGUCGUUCCUUUCAGGGAGGGAUUUUGAUGGUUUUGUAAUUUGCAUUAUAAGCAACCCUUGAAGUUAUACGGUUCCAGCGCAUUCAGUGCAAAUAGCUUCGUUGUAAAUUUAGGCAAAAGAAUUAUAAAGAGGUCUUGAAUAAAAAAAUCAAUUAUUUUUUCGGUGUAUUGACAA